AUGCGGCGCAACUCGCCCCUGUCUGAUGCAGAGAAGCAGAACGCCGCCAUCUACGAGAAUCUCGAAGCCAUCGCAGAGUCUGACUACUUCUCCAAAAUAAAACUCGGGCUGGGCGGGAACUGUCCGCGCGCAGCCUCAAAAGUGCUCCGCAGCAAGCUGCUCGAUUGCAGAGGCAGCCUUGGGCGGAAGUCCGGAUACAUAGAUCUUCUGAAGACGAGGGAGGCGUAUUCACCAACAGGCGCCGUAGGAUCAGCCGAGGUCUGGGCCGACCUGUAUGGCAUUGCCAGAAGCAGCGCGCAAAUGAGCCGCCUCUUAAGCGGCCUGCGCUUUUCCAUAGGCCACACACAUUGCGGCGUUCCACACCAAAAUACUUGGCCGCUAUUUUGCGAACCCCGGCUUGUUUCAGAGGAAGUUCAGCGCGGCAUACAAGGAAAACUUUGUGGAGCUGUACGCGGUGCUCAGAACCGCCGUUUGCAUCGCUUGCCAGCAACCCCGGCAGAAAUUAACGGCGAGGUCCUAGAACUGAGCAGAAAAAUAAUGGAGGAGAACGGCAGGGUCCGGGAAACAAGCAGGCCGGCGCACGGCGUGAGGGUCCCCUCGCCGCGUCCCGGCAUCUCGGACCAGGUGAAUCCCGACAAUAUUUUCAUAGACCCCCAGCAUAUCACUACUCUUACCGAGAUGCUAGAGCCUCUGGCCUGCCUGUCCUGCGCCAAGUGUCUCCUCUGGGGGACCAUCCAGCUCCGAGGGCUGCGGGCUGCUGUGAAGGCCAUAAACAGCAUUCCAAUUGACGAAGCUCGACCUUAUCUGCCUCGUCAACGCAUUUAG